GGCUGCAUUUUUGUGGCAGGUGAAGUCAUUCCCACGUAAAGCCGCUUAAGGUGCGCUGGAGCCGUCGGGAGGGCAGGUGUCACGUCCGCAGAGCCGUGGCCUGUCCAUGAACUUCGAUUGGCAUAAGAGAGCUGAUAGACAAGAAUGAGCAAAACUACGGAGUGUUAAUAGGGCAGUUUCCUCGUACGGUUUUUCCAGCUACGGUCAUUAAUCGGGACUGAACACGUGGGUUAUCUGAUCUUCUGUGGUUUUUAGAAGCAGGAAAUCCAGGAGCUGGCAGGAGGGGAAUGAACCGUGAGGGCGUCCCCGGAAAGAGUCCGGAGGAGAUGUAUAUUCAGCAGAAAGUGAGAGUCCUACUCAUGCUGAGGAAGAUGGGAUCAAAUCUGACUGCUAGUGAAGAGGAGUUCUUGCGCACAUACGCAGGUGUAGUGAAUAGCCAACUUAGCCAGCUUCCUCAACACUCGAUUGAUCAGGGUGCUGAGGAUGUCGUGAUGGCAUUUUCCAGAUCAGAGACAGAAGACAGAAGACAGUAACUACAGGAUACCUGAACGACACAGAACUGGAGAGGACAGUGAGAUUCCUGAAGAUAGAGGAGGAUGGCUGAGCAUUAAUAAGUUCCUUUGCCCACCCUAAUUGUUCCUUGGUAUUCCUUCUCCUUUGUAAUUUUGUUUCCCUUUGCCCAACCCUCAGAAUGCCUCUCACAGCCAUCUAUUCCUGUAAGUUUUUGCUACUCAGCUGGGCUGUGUUAAUUAAGGACAAACUUUACGGUGUAUUUUUGAUUGGCUCAAAGGGACAGGCUGUGAUUGGCUAAAGGAAGACAAUUUUUCAAACUUGACCAAUGAAAACCUUUUAUCUUGCUUUUUAUUUUAUAUUUUAAAGUCUCUUGACAUCCAACUUCUAAAGAAGCUUUUCAUGGUGUGGUGCUUAUUUAGGUCAAACUUGUGAAUUUGAAGAGGGUUUGAUUUGGCUGCAUAGAACUGGAAGCAGCUUGUGGUUGGUUGACAAUGCAAAUGCUUUCUCUUCAGUUGGCUUGCAGGUGUUUUGCUGACUUCGACGUUUUCAUUGCAGACAGCUGAUGUUUUGGUGCAUUGGUUAUUUCUUUAUACUUACUGACUUGGGGGGAAAAAGACAAAAUGUGCUUUGCAGUAUUUAUUACAUCUACACACACAUAAAUGCUUGCUUUUUUGGGUUUGGUUUGGGUUUUUUGAUUGGCUUUGAAAUCAUGGUUUUGAUUUCCUAUUGGCUGCAGUGUUUCUGAUGCAAUCAGGUUUUCCAUACUCAUCUGCUCUGUGGCCUCAAGCUCUUUUGGGAGCACGUGUCGAAAGCAUAUUAGCUCAAUAAGUUUACCUGUUCAAGCUGGAACACGGAGAUGGCCAGCUGUCCUGUGCUGCUCUGGGCUGUACCAUGAACUCCUGGUAGACCUGGCUGUUCAGGUGGCUUCUCUCUUUGCUUCUGACAGAGGAGCUGUAGAUAUUUUGCAGGAAUUGCAAGAAUGAGAUCUAUGGCUGUGACAUGAAUUUGCCAAAUUUGUAUAGAGGAUAUGUGAACGUGUUUAAAAUAGAGUUCCACUUUAACCCUUUAAUUGCUGCACAAGACUAGCUCUCACAUAAGGAAAAAUUAAUGAUCAUUAACUUAAAUCCAACUUGCACUGGGCUUUAAUAAACUAAGUUUCUAGUCACUUGAAAAAUUGUAUGUGGUUUGGCUCCUUGCAACUGUUCGGUGACGCAGAAAUUACCUGGAUCCUAAGCUAAUAGCAUUUUCUUUAGGCACUGUUCCAAGAGGCAGUAGCGCUGCAUUAAGCUGCCCAGUAGUGAGUGUACAGGUGACACUCUCAGGUUUACUCUCUUAGUAGUUGCAGGGCCUUGAAACACACACACACGCAUUUACAAACUGAAAAACCUGCAGUGGAAUUCCUGAAGUGCACUGACUGUUCAGGAAUCUGCACAUACAAUUUCUAGCACUGCUGCCGAAAACCUAGCACUUCUUUUUUUUUUUUUUCUCUCAUAUGUGCAGGUCAUUUUUACAAUACUUCUAGAUUUUCCUGUGGGUUGCACUGACUUGAAGAUGUUUCAAACUCUAUUAAAGCAGAACUCAUUCACCUGUUCCUGGUCCCUUUCAUAUUGUUAAUUAUUUGAAGUUACAAUUCCAGAAUCUGACUGUGACAAUGUGACCAUUUUCAUGGCAAGAAAUUAUGAUGACAGGAUGCUGUUACGUUCUCAGAAUGGGGAAAAAGUGUGAGAGAAACGAUGGAAUGUAUGCAAAA